AUGUCAGACCCUACGAGUGCACCACUCGAUUCUACAGACAUUCAGAUCUCGAUACCCGGUUCUUUUCCAUCGCAAACACCAGAUGACAUCACAAGACUCGCAGAUCAGGAUGUCCCCUUGGUCGGAAAGCCAGCAACAAGCGUAAGAGCUCCCAGGCCAGCAGGUUUGACCUGGGCGCAGCUCCAAAAUGUGGAAAAAGACGCUUCUGGAGAGCACCAUGCGAUCGCACCCAGAUCUGCUGCCUCUCAUAGUGGCCCUGUUUCACCAAUUUCGCCAAUAAGCUCCUCCGAAGCACUGCGAACCCCGAAUCUCGACCGACAAAAGAACAACCCAUAUAGGACUUGUUCGUCCCCGGGAUCCUCCUCAACCGUACCGCCACGGCUUCAUUCCCCGGCCUCUCAAAUAUUUGAGCGCAGCGUCCAAGAGGACAUCCUGCCUAUUCAAGCCGCAUCUCCAUCGAUACCCGCGCAUAUUCGUACAGAGAACUAUAUCCCGCCCGUCUUGGAAGCAUCCUCUGCUGCAAUCACCGAUCAAGAAUUAGAUCCCGACUCUGUCGAGAUCGUCACGCAUAGCCUACACCAGCCCGCCACGGGCAUCGCCACUUCGACAGCGGAGCAGUCCCUAUCCUCAUCCGGUAUUGUCGACCACGCCGGUCUACACUCAGAUGCAGAUGAAAUGUCUUCGUCGCACGGAGCGUCGGAUACAGAUGUCCGACGUCUAAGUUUCAUAUCGUUUGCAGACGUGGUCAAUGCGGAGCACGCGGCCGAGCACGCGGAGGUCGAAUCCGUGUAUAGCCGAGAUCCUUCCCAACCCGCGGCCUCUGGGAAUCCUAUAACGAUAGGGUCUCUGAAUCGUUCUCCGUCACCGCUGCGUUCACCUACUUCUUCCCAUGGACUGGGGACAUCACCUCCAACCAGCAUCGCGACCUCAUAUAAGGGCCCUAGACAUGUCCCCGGGCCAUCACGGGGUGCGUCGGCCCGGAAGCCCACUGCCUCUGGCCCAGAGCCCCGUAUCUUCCGGUUUCAGCGGAGAACUGAAUGUUGA